AUCAAUGUUUGUGUUAUUGAGAGCAUUUUGGAAAACAGAGAAUGCCUUUCCUUACCUAUUUGUUGUUUAACAAUUUUACCUAUGUAAAAAUGAACACAAAAGAAAUUUUGCUGAAGAAUUCCCUUUUUGAACCUGGCGCAGAGAACAAAGCAGCUACGCCCCUAUUCCACAGAGCAUGAGCGAUCGAUUUUUCUGCCAUCUUUAUUUAUUAGUUUUGCCUGGGCGCGAGCAGCUGCUGAUGCUUGCUAAAAGCUAGCCUCUAACUCACUCUGCUGCAUAGUUUGUAGUUUAGUAAUGACAGUUUGGUUACGCCAGUCGUGUAGUUGUAGUUAAAGUUUGCGUUAAAAGGAAAUGGGCUUAGCGCAAAGUUCUCUGCUGUCAGACGGGGGAAGUAACAGUGGAUACCACGUCCAUGCGGUUCAAGAAGAGUCCCGUGCUCAGAAGGCUGGCCUGGAGCCCUUCUUUGAUUUCAUUCUUUCGAUAGGACAUACCCGUCUUAAUAAAGAAAAUGACUUGCUGAAAGACCUUCUAAAGGCCAAUGUGGAGAAACACGUCAAACUUGAGGUGUACAAUUCUAAAACCCAACGUGUCUGAGAUUUGAUGGUGACUCCCAGUAAGUGGGGUGUCCAGGGCCUGCUGGGUGCCAGCGUACGCUUCUGCAGCUUUGAAGGAGCCAGUGAAAAUGUUUGGCAUGUCUUGCAUGUGGAAGCAGAUUCUCCAGCAGCUUUGGCAGGACUGAAUGCACACAAUGACUACAUUGUCGGAGCUGACCAGGUGUUGCAAGAUUCAGAAGAUUUCUUUUCUUUGGUCGAAGUCAGUGAGGGGAAACCUCUGAAGCUGCUGGUGUACAACACACAGAGUGACCAGUGCAGAGAGGUCGUGGUGACUCCAAAUGGAGCGUGGGGAGGAGAGGGAAGCUUAGGCUGUGGUAUUGGCUAUGGCUACUUGCACAGGAUUCCAACCCGUCUGCUUCACCUUCACCCAGAGACUGAAAAUGUUUCACAGUCUACAGCUGCCAACAGCAGACAGCAGCUAUGUGAGCACACUGAGGUGCCUUCAGAAGCCGCGUGUAGCCCUUCCGGUGCAAGUCAAACAGGUUCGCAUCAGGAAGAAGCAACUGUACUUGAACUGAAUGCAUCCCCUCCCCCACAGACAGCUGCACACUUUAGCACCUCAGACAUAAAUGAAGCAACUCCUGAACUGUCCGCUGUGGUUUCCAUCAGAGACGUGAGCUCCAUAGAUGCUAAUUAUGGAGAAAACUCUAAAGAUCAUCUAAGCGUGGACAUGCAAUCUGGUGGCCGAGCAGCCUCAUUUGCUGAGGGGGAGGCCGAAGUGGACCUCCAGAAAACUGAGAGUGAUAAUGGUACCAAUGCAGCCAGCAGUACUGGUCCCAGCAGGAAGGGUGGAGAUGGAACCCUGUGUGACAACAGUGUCCCAGAGAUGUAGAAUGCAUCACUGGAAAAAAAAAAAGUUUUAUUUAUAUACAGUUGCCUUUACUGUAUGGAAAGUUGCACAUUUAUGUUGA